AUGGCGGAGGUGUUGGGUCUUGCAGCAAGUGUUUUUGCUGUAGUUCAGGUCGCAGACCGAGUCAUCUCCCUGUGCAAACACUACAUUGAAUGCGUGAAGGAUGCACCGAGCGAUCUGCGGACGAUUCUGGUAGAGACCUUGACGCUAAAGACAAUUCUUGAGAACGUCGAGUUUUUCAUCGAAAACGACGAUGGACAAUCAGCAAUCUUCGACAGCUUGGGCGGCACAUCAGGUCCUAUCGAAGGAUGCUACGAGGCUAUGAAGAGUCUUGAGGCUCUGUUUUCUACAGGAAAUGCUCCUUCUCAGGGAUCUAAUAGUUCCAUGAAGGACCGAGCACGCACCGCAUUCGCAACUCUAACAUGGCCGUUGAAAGAAAGCAAAGCAAAGAAGCUCAUGGAAGACAUCGCCAGAUAUAAGGGCACGCUUGUCCUGGCGUUGACCGCCGAUAGCGCGACUAGGAGUCUCAACUAA